GGAGGCCGGAAAGAGCUUCCGCUUCCGACAGAGUGAAUACAGGUUCUCGGCGAGAGGAUGGCGGCAGGCGGUAGCGAUCCGCGCUCUGGAGAUGUAGAGGAGGACGCAUCACAACUCAUCUUUCCCAAAGAGUUUGAAACAGCUGAGACGCUUCUGAAUUCGGAAGUUCAUAUGCUUCUUGAGCAUCGAAAGCAGCAGAAUGAGAGUGCAGAGGAUGAGCAGGAACUUUCAGAGGUCUUCAUGAAAACUUUAAAUUACACUGCCCGUUUCAGUCGUUUCAAAAACAGAGAGACCAUUGCCAGUGUCCGUAGCUUGCUGCUCCAGAAGAAGCUUCAUAAGUUUGAGUUGGCCUGUUUAGCCAACCUUUGUCCAGAGACUGCUGAGGAGUCCAAGGCUCUGAUCCCAAGCCUGGAGGGGCGGUUUGAAGAUGAGGAGCUACAGCAGAUUCUUGAUGACAUCCAGACCAAGCGCAGCUUUCAGUAUUAGUCUCCAGAUGUCACUGCUGCUGGGGAGCUACGUCACAUCCCCAGCACAGUGCCCCUCGCUCAGAGUCUGGGGCUGACUCGCACAGAAAUUCUGUUGCAUAAGACACUUGGCCUUCCUUUGGAUAGAACAACCCAGUGCUUUGUUAUGGUUUAGGUUGCUGUUUCAAGCUUGACUGUUGGCCAGUGAUGACCUGUACAACCUUGGCGAAGCCUUGCAGGAGCUGCUCAUGGCUGUGUGAGCUUGCCUCUGGGAAGGACGAGGUGGGGGGACGUGCAUAUAAGCAACACUACUGACUGCCUCAUAUCAUGGUCUUUGGCCCUUGUGUUAUUUUGAUUCCUAACAUGUCAUGUUUUAAUAGCAAUGUGUUCAUAGUUUUUUAAGCUCUUCUAGAACGUGUAAAACUAGUAUGGGAAACAGUCUUACCUAAAUGCAAAAGGAAGAAUUAAACCAGACCUGUAUCACUGUUUGAAAUUCUUAAAGAAAGGAUGUAGAGCCCAGGCAUCAUUGUGCGUAACCCCGGAGACAGGAAAGGGGUUUCUGAGAAAAGCAGCUCAUCUGUCACCCUGAGGAUAACUGCUGGGUAUUGUGGAGCACACAGCCUUUUGCUGGACAAGCACUGUGCCUUUUUCUUGGAUUCCUGUGGAACGUAUAUGUGGAGUAUGUGUUCUUAAAGCACUUACUUCGUCACUCCUGAAUUGAGACUCCCCUCCUAGGCCGGGUGUGAAGCAGGGAGCACUUUGUUGUGCCCUCACGUGGGGCCUCAGGUCCAGAUGUCUGGCCUCCUUCUCAGCAGCAGGCCUUCCAUGGUGGUUUGGAAGGAGGGAGCCUGCCACUUGCUGAGCCACUAGAGUGACAUCACUCAAUCCGAGACUGGUUGCAAGGAAAAUACUUUACUCUAAUAGCUGAAUAUUUGGCUCUCAAUUUUUAGAGGGGAAAUACGCCUGUUUUCUUCAGUUUGGGGAUUUUUCUUUGGCAUACUCAUUGAUGCCAAGUAAAUUCAUGAUCCAAGGAUAAGGAUGCAGAAAGAACAAAGUUGGCUUUAAAAAGUCAAGGCUGUUUUAUGUCAGCUUCUAAGGCAAAAAUAAAGUUUUCUUAUUUUUAUAAAUUAUUUUCAGUUUCUGAAAUGACAUGAUUUCUAAGUCACCAUUAUUUGAAGGAAAUGUCAGUUAUACCUCAAUUAAAGGAGUAUUUCCUUGAGGAAGUACUCUUCAUCCUUGGGCGACUUCACUUCUUUGAGACUCAUCAGCGUUCUCAAUUGUAAAAUGUGGAUAAUAAUAGAUACUGAAAGUUGAAUGAGAAAAUUAUUAAAAAGAGCCUGUUGGUAUCUGACAUACACUAUACCCCAGUACAUGUUAGCUGUUAUUAGCUUGCUUCAUAGAAAUUGGUGCAAGGAUUUGGUAGCCUACCCACUGGCACUGGUAUCAGACUAUGAAAACAAAGCAAACUGACUACUUUUUGAAGCCUGUGGAGUUACUCUUUGAAAGAGGCAGUUACAUGGUUGGCGCCAGGCAGUGGAACAGAAAACAGACCCAGAUACCAGACUCAAGCUGUCGUCCAGGCGUGUGUGCUGUGUGGCGGGAGCAGGACCUGCCGCCAUCACUACGGGGUUCCCACCUGAUUCUCUGAGGUGAGCCGCUGGAGAAUUUUACACUGUGUAAAGCACCUGGCGUAUAGUUAGGCGCUAAUAAAUGGCAGGUAGUAAGGCAACUAGAAGCAGAUUUAAAAAACAAUAGCUCAUAUCAGGAUGAUGGGUAAAAGCAACCUCAUGCUGUGUUACAGAUGCGCAGCCUGGUCUGUGCCUUCUGCUGGACCGGUUCUCUACAGUCCUGGACAGCAGCUCACUGUCCAGUGAGCAGGAGACCUUGCAAACUCUUGGGUCAUCUAUGAAACAUCACUAGACUUGCACUGUUGGCAAAAGCAGAAUUCAGACACAUUGAAAUAAAGAUGUCAUGUUGUCAAAGCCUCACCUCACUGGAAAACUAAAUGAACCAGAAAAGCUUUCCUGAAAAUUCUAGUCAUUUUGGUUUUAUAAAAAUCUAUUAAACUUGAGUCUUGAAAAACAGCACUACUGAAUGUGGCCUAAGCACAAGCUGCAUAAAAUGACUAUUUUUUUCUUAUAAAAUUGAAUUUUUUAUGCUUAUCUCUCAAACCCACACAAAGACUUGUGUAUGAAUAAUUACAGCAUUAUUCAUAAUAGCCCCAAACAGGAAACAAUCUGAAUGUCCACCAGGAGGUGGGUCGAUCAACAAAUCUGAUAUAGCCAUACAGUGGAAUACCAUUUAGCAAUAAAAGGAUGAACUGAAAUACCUGA